AAGAGUUGACAGUUGACAGGAGUCUGGAGCCUUCGGGCCGAAUGUUUGGAUGCGGUGGAUGCCUACUCUGUGGUUUCGCCGACUGACGUUUUCGGAUUGAAUAGCAUUUGCUGGAUUUAAAUCUAAUCUUCAGUUUACUGUCUCACGUCCACUUUCCAAGAUGAGUGCCAUAGAUCCCCAAACUCACGAGUUUAUUGUUCCGGUGAAAGCGGUGAACUCCAAUGAUGACAUGGGGAAGUGGCUGAAGUCUGAGGCUUAUGAGGAAUACAUGGGUUUCAUCAACGCACUCAAUAUGGCAGUGAAGAACAAAUCUAACAAAGCAUCAUGUAGUAUGUCAGGGGUUGUUUCAACAGUCUUGGAACUUUUAGAGAAACUUGAUUUGUGGAUUGAUCAAACUCCUCCCAUUGAUCAACCUCAGCGAUUUGGCAAUCAAGCAUUUGCCCAGUGGCUUAAAAAAGUGACUGAGGGUGCAGAGGAAUUGUUAAAUGAGGCAUUACCAGCUAAGUACCAGAAUGCAAUUCCUGAGUUAGUUGUCUACCUUGUCAAUGGUUUUGGCAAUGGCACACGCAUAGAUUAUGGCACAGGCCAUGAAAUGUCUUUCUUAAUGCUACUCUGCUGCUUCUUUAAGAUCGGUGCUCUGACACAAACAGACAAAGUAGCUGCUGUGAACAAGAUUUUUGCACGGUAUUUAACACUGGUGCGUAAGCUUCAAAUCACUUACCGUAUGGAACCUGCUGGAAGUCAUGGUGUAUGGAGCUUGGAUGAUUAUCAGUUUGUUCCAUUCAUUUGGGGAAGUUCACAGUUAAUUGGACAAGGGCACAUAGAACCUAAAAUGUUUCUUGAAAAAGAAUGUGUAGAUAGCUAUACAGAGGAAUACAUGUUCAUUGGUUGUAUUGAGUUUAUAAAUAAGGUGAAGACUGGUCAAUUUGCGGAACACUCAAACCAACUGUGGAACAUAAGUGCCGUACCAACAUGGACUAAAAUAAAUACAGGUCUUCUUAAAAUGUACACAGCUGAGGUUUUAUCAAAGUUCCCUGUAAUUCAGCAUGUACUGUUUGGGUCACUUUUACCUUUCAAACCUGCACAACCCAGGCCCCCACUACAUUCGUUACACAGACCUCCACCUUUUGCCAUGCCUGCUGCCGUGCUGAAAGACGAUGCUGAUCCAGAAGAUUCCAAGACUCCAACUGCAAACACUCCAGAAUAAUGUAGUGUUUUGUAUACUGGUAGCAAGCCAAACUUAUUGUGCAGGCUGUAAAUGAACUUUUCACAUCAAUACUGUAUUUACUAUGUUUCUGAAGGUAUAUUUCAACCUGCAUGAAAUACUGUUUCUAAAAAUAUCAGUGAUUCCAUACCACUUCUUUUUCAUAUUCUCUUCUGCUCAAUUUGCUGAGUUCUUUUUUAUGCCUGCACAAACAUGGAUACUGUGAUACAUAUUGUAAGAAAGUUUAAGACAGACAAAAUUUUAAAAUUACAAACUGUUUAAGUUUUUCUUGUAAAAUCAAUCUGUCAUGAAAAAGUGACAAUAAAAAAAUUCUUAAGAAUUUGGUGUACCCUAAAGAUUUUUGUUUUAAGAAAUCAGGCAUGAAUGUAGGGCCACUCUAAAUUUUCUCCAUAAACCUGUCAACAUGUUGAAUACUAUUCAUUUAAAGUGGUUUUCUUAAAGAAAACAAAUUCAUUAUUUAUAUUGUGUAUAAACUAUCUAAUCUAAUUACAUGUUUAUUACACCAGUAUUAUUAUGGAGAUUAAGAAAUUCAUGAGAUCUGUAAUGCAGGCGAACAAAAGUUAUGUUUUCUCUUUCAAUAACCGUGCUGUAACAAAACAAAAUUUAACUCAU